AUGGGCGACAUUACACCUGCCAAGCCUCUUAUGGCGGAUGCCGCGUUGCCAACUGAGCCACCUGUUGAGUCGCUUGAGAUACUCGAUGCUCCUAAAGUUCGCACAAAGCCGCGCAUGUUCGCCAUAUUGGCCUCAUUAUAUCUCGUGCUCUUUGUAGCUGCUCUUGAUCAAACCAUCGUAGCAACCGCCAUCCCCACUAUCUCGGCGUCUCUGCAUUCGGCUUCGGGGUAUGUCUGGAUUGGCGGUGCGUACCUACUAGCCAAUGCAGCAGCUGGGCCUAUCUGGGCUCGAUUCAGUGACAUAUGGGGUCGUAAGCCUGCUCUUUUAGGUGCCGUCGGGAUAUUUGCUAUCGCUAGUAUGAUUGCCGCCCUAAGCAUAAACAUGUCCAUGUUGAUUGCCGCGCGAGCAUUGCAAGGCACAGCUGGUGGCGGACUAAUGCAGAUGGUGGCCAUCACAAUUUCCGAUCUCUUCAGUGUUCGAAAUCGGUCUCUCUAUAUAGGCUUACUAGGAGUAGUGUGGGCUCUCGCCGGAUCUGCCGGGCCUCUAAUCGGAGGAGCGCUCACGGAACUUGUGAGCUGGCAAUGGUGCUUUUGGAUUAACCUCCCUGUUUGCGGGAUGGCCUUCCUAUGUCUACUUCUCUUCCUAGAUGUGCAUAAUCCUCACACAAAGCUAAUCGAAGGUGUUAUGGCUGUAGAUUGGUUCGGCACUAUCUCCAUACUAGCAGUUACGCUUCUACUCCUCCUCGGUCUGGAUUUUGGUGGGGCUAUAUUUCCCUGGAGUAGCCCAAAAGUCAUUUGUCUAAUCGUCUUUGGCAUGGUUAUGAUCAGUUUCUUUCUCUUCAGCGAGAUACGUCUAGCCAAAUACCCCUUGAUGCCGCUUGAUACGUUCAAGACCCGGUCUAACAACGCAACCUACCUUGUCGCUUUCACGCAUAGUAUGGUGUCCAUCGGGAUAGAAUAUUAUCUGCCGCUAUACUUCCAAAGCGUCAAGCAGGCCUCACCGGUUCGCAGCGGUACUCUCAUUGUUCCUAUGAUGGCGACGGAGGCAGCUACCGAUGUUAUUGUCGGCAUAUUGAUCCAUAAAACAGCCCGUUACACUGAGUUUAUUUGGAUUGGGGCAGCUCUUAUGACUUUAGGAACAGGACUGUACAUUAAUUUCGGAACCGACACAUCCAUUGGCAAAAUAAUUGGAUUUGAGAUCAUUGGGGGCAUCGGCACUGCGCUUCUAUUCCAAACACCUACGAUUGCCAUCCAGAAUACCGUCAGUCAGGCUGACACUUCGUCAGCCACGGCAACUCUAGGUUUCAUUCGAAACGUAGCUACAUCAUUGUCCAUCGUAAUUGGCGGCGUCGUGUUCCAGAAUAGCAUGGCUGGCCGCCACCCAUCUCUUGCCGCUGCUGGCCUUAGCGAAUCCGUCCUCGAGGCCUUGUCGGGAGAUAAAGCAGCGGCUAAUGUGGGAAUUGUACAGACUAUCCACGACGCGGCUCAGCGCCAGGCGGUGGAGGAUGCUUUUGCGUGGAGUCUGAGGAACAUGUUCAUCAUGUACACCGCCAUAGCGGCCGUUUCACUGGUGACGAGCUCGUGCAUCAAGCAUCAGGAUCUGAAAACAGAGCACACAGAGACCAAGACGGGUAUAGAGGAGUUGAAGCAGCGAAAUACCUGA